GUGCGGGGCGGUCCCGGGGCGGUAUUUCCCCGCCCCGUUUCCUCGGGGGCGGUGCCGGGCGGUCCCGGAGCCGCGGUGGCUGCCGGCGGGGGCGGUGGGUGCCGGGCCAUGGACCUGCACAUCCUGGAGCACCGGGUGCGGGUGCUGAGCCUGGCUCGCCGCGGGCUCUGGCUCUACACCCACCCGCUGCUCAAGCUGCUCUUCCUGCCGCAGCGCUGCAGGUGCAAGUUCUUCAGCUUGACGGAGACCCCCGAGGACUACACCAUCAUGCUGGACGAGGAGGGCUUCAAAGAGCUGCCACCCUCCGAGUUCAUGCAAGUGGCGGAUUCGACGUGGCUCGUGCUCAGCGUCGUCUCCAAUGGCCGGGCACCCUCUGGCUGCCAAGCCACCGGUGUCACCAAGAUCGCCAGGUCAGUCAUUGCGCCGCUGGCGGAGCACCACGUCUCGGUGCUGAUGCUCUCCACCUACCAGACCGACUUCAUCCUGGUGCGGGAGAGGGAUCUGCCGGUGGUGAUCCACACGCUGGCAGGAGAGUUCGACAUCUACAAGGAGGAGGGUGGCGAGUGCGUCCCUGUCACCUGUGAUGAUGUGAGCAACGGCUUCCUCAAGCCCAAGCCGGCUGCCAGCCCCACGCUGCACCCCGUGCAGAGCCCCCAGACCCGCUUCUGCGUCCUGACGGUGGCCCCCGACACGCUGCCUGCCAUCGCCACCAUGCUCAUCGACGUCCUCUUCUACUCCCACAGCCCCCCGAGGGAGGCAGGUGCCAGCAGCCAGGACCUCGACUCCAUCACCUUCUUCGCCUUCUCCCUCAUUGAGGGCUACAUCUCCAUCGUGAUGGAUGCCGAAACGCAGAAGCGGUUCCCCAGCGACCUACUGCUCACCAGCUCCACGGGAGAGCUGUGGCGGAUGGUGCGGAUCGGCGGGCAACCCUUGGGCUUCGAUGAGUGUGGCAUCGUGGCGCAGAUCGCCGAGCCGCUGGCCGCCGCCGACAUCUCAGCGUAUUACAUCAGCACCUUCAACUUCGACCACGCCUUGGUCCCCGAGGAGGGCAUCGCCGAGGUCAUCCAGCUGCUGCAGCAGCGCCAGGAGAGUGGCAGAUAGUGGCCAGCUGUCCCCACGCCUGGUAGCCCAGUGGCUGGCUGUCCCCACACCUGGUGGCCCAGUGGCAGACAGCAGCUGGCUGUCCCCACACCUGGUGGCCCAGCGUGGUGGCACGGUGGGGUUUCCCCCUCAUCCCCACUCCCAGAUUCCUUAUUGUUUAAUUUUAAGGCUCCCCCCAUCCUCCAGCCCGGAGUGGGACAGAGCCGGGGUGCAGCGUCACUGGGGACAGUGGGGACGUGGUGGCUUUGGGGAUGCAGUGGCAGUGGGACAGUGUCGUGCAGGGGGAGGGAGCAGCGAUGCCGAAGGGCAGCACCGUGCCGUCCGCUGCCCUCCGGAGCCGAGUGCGUGACCCCAGGGACCUGCUGGUGGGAGGACGCGGUGGUGAUGUGGCACCGCAGGGGCUGGGGGUGACAGCCUGAGGGUGGUGGGAUGUGUCCCCGUGCCCUCUGUAGGUGGUGGUGGUGACUGUAAUGUUCUCGGGCACCCCUGGACUGAGUGGAAGCAUCCCCAGACCUGGGAUUCCUCAUGGACACCCCAAAAGUCUCCAAGGCUGAGAUGGGGGGGGGGCUGCAGUUCAUCCCCAGCCCUGUGUCCCCUCCAGGGUGGCCCCACGCCCCUGCCUGUGCCCUGGGGUGUUGAAGGGUGACAACGGGGACCCCGGACUCUUCCCAAGCUGUAUUUUCACAUAGUUUUUGGUAAGUCAAUAAAAGUCCUAUUAUUUUUA